AAAGAAUCUAUCUUUUAUCUAGAGAGAGGGUUAUUGCUCUAAUCAUGUAAGGUUCUUCUGGCACUGCAUGUGCAGCAAUCACCUCUGCCCACUUCAUAUUAUUUUGCGUUCUCAACCUCUCUUUAAACCACUCAUAUCAUCACAUCACACCACACAACACAACAAAACCCUCUCCCUUUUACAUAUAACACAUGUAUAAAUAUAUAUAAUGCACGCGCCUUUCAGUUUACCAAGUGUUUUGCUGUGGUAAAGAAUUCAACUUCUGUUGGCAAUCGAUACCAUCAUUCCAGCCACGAUGAGCAGCAGCCCUGCACCUUGCAGCCGAUCCUGGUCUAUUAGCGAGGACUCCCUAAGAAGGUAUGUGCAGUUUGCAAGUGAAAGCUGUAUACAAGAGUUGUUGGCAGCUUCAGACACAAACAGAGGAAAGGACAGUGACGGAUGGAAGAUUCUAACUCUUGACAACGGAGUGGAGAUAUCAAAACGCAGGUCAGGCUCACUCCACACGUUUCGCAGCCGUUGGAUUCUUAGAUCUGUCUCUCCCCAACAGUUCAUCACAGUGGCCAAUGCCAUUGAUGCUGCAAAGCAAUGGGACUCUGAUCUGGUGGAAGCCAGGUACAUAAAAGAUCUUGAAGACAACCUCAGCAUAAUUCGUCUCAGGUUUGGAGAUAACUCGAAGCCUCUCUUCCGGAACAGGGAGUUCAUUGUCUAUGAACGCCGUGAAACCAUGGAAGAUGGCACCUUGGUGGUAGCGGUUGCUUCACUGCCAAAGGAAAUAGCUGCAGGAUUGCAUCCGAAGCAAAGUAAUGCGAUCAGAGGAUUGUUGCUUCAGUCAGGUUGGGUGGUAGAGAAGCUUGAAGAUGAUUCAUGUGUGGUCACUUAUGUUGUUCAGUUGGAUCCUGCAGGGUGGCUACCGAAGUGCUUUGUCAAUCGAUUUAACACAAAACUAGUUAUGAUCAUUGAAGACCUUAAAAAAUUAGCUCAAGCAUGUCCCAGUGAAGGUGAAAUUUGAUUACUUUGUAAAGUUGCAAACAAAGCUAGUGCAACCAAGUAUAGUAGAAUAUAUAUGUUCAUCAUUUCAUACAUAAACUUAAAUAACUUUUAGGUUUAUAAUACAUAAUUUUUAUUUUCAA